UAGUAUUGCCAACACAUGCUAGUUCAAAAGUUUCAAAAUUAUAACCUCUUUUGGGGUGCACAUUUUUGAUGAAAAGAUUAAAGCAGUUACCGUUAUUUUUGAUUAAUCUGCAAUUAAUGUUAUUAUUACUACACAUAUUUUGCAAGUUUUAUGUUUUCUAAGCAUUAUGCAAGAUCAUGACAGAUGAGUCAGAAAAAGACAUUAACGACGCCUUUUCUGACAUUCUAUUAAGCGAAGACCGCAUUUUUGAGAACAGUUACAAUGAAGGUUAUGAAUUAGGGAAGCAGGAGGAAAAUAUUGAAGCUUUUCACUUGGGUUAUCACCGUGGGGCUGAAUUAGGCGCCGAAAUCGGUUACUACACGAGUAUAGCCUCAAGUUAUUUAACUUUUCAUCAAGGAGAUAAAUCAGGUGACGACAAAAUUGUAAAAGAACUUGAGACUUUAAGGGACAUGUUGGAUUCUUUUCCUAGAGAAAAUGAUCCAAAUGUUGAUAUAUUGGAGUUAAUGGGCAAAAUUCGAGCGAAAUUUAAAAAAAUCUGCGCAGUUUUGAAAAUACAACCCCCCUUUCCCGAGUCAGACAAACUUUCGUUUUAA